UCGAGGGUCCUAACAGGCUCCCCAUGCUGUUUUCCAAAGCACCGGUCCCGCUCCAGUUCCAGCCCUUUGCCAUCUGCUCUUCACGGCCCGCCUGUUUCUCGGCCUCCCACACUACCCUUCGUCUUAAAGACUGCUUUCUCCACUCGCUGCCAGGCUUCCUGACUUCUCUGGCUCUCAUAGUGGCCAAUAUGGGUUGAAUCUGGGCUCCAUCAGCACUCCUUGGCCCCGCUCAUUCCUUCUCUCUAUCUCUCCUCCCUCCUCUCCCUCUCUCCUUCCUUUCCCCUCCCUCUCCCAUCCCCCUAUCCUCUCUCUCCCUCUGGGCUCCCGCAUUCCGCUUCGGCAGCCGGCCGGCGCCUCCGGCACCAUGCUCCGGCUCCUCCGGUUGCUGCUGCUACUGCUGCUGCUGCCUCCGCCGGGGUCCCCCGAGCCCCCAGGCCUGGCCCGGCUGUCCCCGGGUGCGCCCCCCCAGGCCCCGGACUUGCUCUACGCGGACGGGCUGCGCGCCUACGCGGCCGGGGCUUGGGCGCCGGCCGUGGCGCUGCUGCGGGAGGCGCUGCGGAGCCAGGCGGCCCUGGGCCGCGCGCGGCGGGACUGCGGGGCGCGCUGUGCGGCCGAACCGGGGGCCGCACUCCCCGCCGUGCUGCUCGACGCCCCGGACUCCGGGCCCGGCCCGGCGCAGGGGGCCUGGGAGCGGCUGCUGCUUCGCGCCGCGCUCCGACGGGCCGAGUGCCUGACCCAGUGCGGGGUGCAGAGGCUGGGCCCCGGGGGCGCGGCGCGGCUCCGCGUGGGGAGCGCGCUCCGGGACGCCUUCCGCCGCCGGGAGCCCUACAACUACCUACAGAGGGCCUACUACCAGCUGAAGAAGCUGGACCUGGCAGCCGCCGCAGCACACACCUUCUUUGUAGCAAACCCAACACACCUCCAGAUGCGGGAGGACAUGGCCAAGUACAGGCGUAUGUCUAGGGUGCGGCCCCAGAGCUUCCGGGACCUGGAGACUCCCCCAUACUGGGCAGCCUAUGACGAUGGCCUGGAGCUACUGGGGCGUCAGGAAGCAGGACUGGCACUGCCCCGGCUAGAGGAGGCCCUGCAGGAGAGCCUGGCCCAGGUGGAGAGCUGCCGGGCUGGCUGCGAGGGGCCUGAGGAGCAGCAAAGGGAGGAAGAGGAGGAGGAAGGGACUGGAGGCCAGGGGGGCCUCUAUGAGACCAUUGCAGGGCACUGGAUUCGGGUCCUACAGUGCCGGCAGCGCUGUGUGGGGGACGCAGCCACACGUCCUGGCCGCAGCUUCCCUGUCCCUGACUUCCUUCCCAGCCAGCUGAGGCGGCUGCACGAGGCCCAUGCUCAGGUGGGGAAUCUGUCCCAGGCUAUGGAAAAUGUCCUGAGUGUCCUGCUCUUCUACCCGGAAGAUGAGGCUGCCAAGAAGGCUCUGAACCAGUAUCAGGCCCAGCUGGGAGAGCCGAGACCUGGCCUCGGGCCAAGAGAGGACAUCCGGCAAUUCAUCCUUCGAUCCUUGGGGGAGAAGAGACAGCUCUACUACGCCAUGGAGCACCUGGGGACCAGCUUCAAGGAUCCUGAUUCCUGGACCCCAGCAGCUGUCAUCCCAGAGGCACUUAGAGAAAAGCUCAGAGAGGAUCAAGAGAAGAGGCCUUGGGACCAUGAGCCGCCACAGCCAAAGCCCUUGACCCACUGGAAGGAUGUCCUCCUCCUGGAGGGAGUCACCCUGACCCAGGAUGCAAGACAGCUGAAUGGGUCAGAACGGGCCGUGUUGGAUGGGCUGCUCACCCCAGCUGAGUGUGGGCUGCUGCUGCAGCUGGCCAAGGAUGCCGCUGAGGCUGGAGCCAGGUCCGGCUAUCGUGGCCGCCGCUCCCCUCACACCCCCCAUGAACGCUUUGAGGGGCUCACAGUGCUCAAGGCUGCACAGCUGGCCCGGGCCGGGGCCGUGGGCAGUCAGGGGGCUAAGCUGCUUCUGGAGGUGAGCGAGCGCGUCCGGACGUUGACACAGGCCUACUUUUCCCCGGAGCGGCCCCUGCAUCUUUCCUUCACCCACCUGGUGUGCCGGAGUGCCAUAGAAGGAGAGCAAGAGCAGCGCAUGGACCUGAGUCACCCGGUGCACGCAGACAAUUGCGUGCUGGACCCCGACACUGGGGAGUGCUGGAGGGAGCCCCCGGCCUACACCUAUCGUGACUACAGUGGGCUCCUCUACCUCAAUGAUGACUUCCAUGGUGGGGACCUGUUCUUCACAGAGCCUAACGCCCUCACGGUCACAGCUCAGGUUCGUCCUCGCUGUGGACGCCUCGUGGCCUUCAGCUCCGGUGGGGAGAAUCCCCACGGUGUGUGGGCUGUGACGCGGGGACGGCGCUGCGCCCUGGCACUGUGGCACACCUGGGCCCCUGAGCACAGGGAGCAGGAGUGGACAGAAGCCAAAGAGCUACUGAAGGAGCCAGAGGAGGAAGAGGAGGAGGAGGAGGAAGAGGAAGAAACGCCAAGCAGAGACCCUUCCCCAGAACCCCCCAGCCGCAGGCUUCAGCGGGUCCAGGACAGAGUUGGGAAACCACCUCGGGUCCGAGAGGAGCUGUGAGGGAC